CAAUUUUGAGGAAGACAGCCAGAAGCAACCAGCCGUGGGCCACUGGAAGCCACUAAUGCCAUCCAAAGGCAGCAGGGAGGAGCCGGAGACUGGAUGCCAGGAUGCUGGAGGUGUGGAUGAAACCCAGUCCACCGAGCAGCUCAAUGUGUCACGUCUACGCAGCUCUUCAGUGGAGAUCCGUGAAAAAGGGUCUGAAUUCCUGAAGGAAGAGCUGCACAAAGCACAAAAGGAGCUGAAGCUGAAGGACAAAGAAUGUGAGAGAUUGUCAAAAGUCAGAGAACAGCUGGAGCAGGAACUGGAGGAGUUAACAGCUAGCCUGUUUGAGGAAGCACACAAGAUGGUGAGAGAAGCCAACACGAAACAGGCGGCGUCAGAGAAACAGCUGAGGGAAGCACGGGGGAAGAUCGACAUGCUGCAGGCCGAGGUGACCGCUCUGAAGACGCUGGUGAUCACAUCCACCCCUUCCUCUCCGAACCGGGAGCUGCACCCUCAGCUCCAGAGCCCUUCUAAAACUGUCUUCAGGAAGGGCCAUGGGCGAAACAAGAGCACCAGCAGCGCAGUGGUCUCAGCUGCCAGCCCGAACGUGACUCCAGAGCCAGUCAGUCAUGAGUGCAAAGAGGUCGACUCCAUUUUAUUUGCUGAGUUCCAGGCCUGGAAGGAAUCUCCAACUUUGGAUAAAUCCUGCUCUUUCCUGGACAGAAUUUAUCGAGAAGAUGUAGGACCUUGUCUGGACUUCACUAAGCAGGAGCUGUCGGAGCUGGUGCGAGUGGCUGUGGAGCAGAACACACUCACCAUUGAGCCAGUUGCUUCCCAGACAUUGCCUGUGGUGAAGGUGUCAGCAGAAGAGCGUGGUGGACCAAAGAAAUGUGCUCUGAGUGGCCUCCCCAGGACCUGCAAGCACCGCAUCAUGCUAGGGGAUUCUGGGAAUUACUACUACAUUUCACCAUCCUGCAGGGCCAGGAUCACAGCGGUGUGCAACUUCUUCACAUACAUUCGCUAUAUCCAGCAGGGCUUGGUGAGGCAGGAUGUGGAGCUGAUGUACUGGGAGGUCAUGCGGCUCCGGAGGGAGAUGUCUCUGGCCAAACUUGGGUUUUAUCCCAGUGAGAUGUAAGCAGAGACCUGAGCACGGAAGGAAACUGCUCCUGAGUGAACAGCUUGUCCAACAGACGAACGCAGUGCCUCUCCUGCAGUGGGCCUUACUCCCUCCCCGCCCUCCCGCUGCCUGGAGCUGAUCAAGGAGCGAGAAGCACAAGUUCUACGUUCAGCUGUCUCACGUCUCCAACUGUGACCGGGAGGCAGCUGCCAAGCGACCC